AUGUAUUGGGGAAACACUCAGGAAAGUAUAUCAGAAAACAUCAGCAGUGCUAGAACAGAUAUUAAGGAGAGUAAUGCGAUGUUAAAUGCUGCUUACAAUGGUGAUGUUGGCGUCAUCAAGUAUCUGAUCAGUCAAGGAGCUGAGGUAAAUAAGGGUAGAGAUGAUGGUUGGACUGCAUUACACAGUGCUGCUGACAAUGGUCAUGUUGACGUCAUCGAGUAUCUGAUCAGUCAAGGAGCUGAGGUUAAUAAGGGAGAUAAUGAUGGUUUGACUGCAUUACAUAGUGCUGCUAACAAUGGUCAAGUUGACGUCAUCAAGUAUCUGAUCAGUCAAGGAGCUGAGAUAAAUAAGGGUAGAGAUGAUGGUUGGACUGCAUUACACAGUGCUGCUAGCAUCGGUCAUGUUGAUGUUACCAAAUAUCUGAUCAGUAAAGGAGCUGAGGUUAAUAAGGAAGAUAAUGAUGGUUGGACUGCAUUACACAGUGCUGCUGACAAUGGUCAUGUUGACGUCAUCGAGAAUCUGAUCAGUCAAGGGAUUGAGGUAAAUAAUGGUAGAGAUGAUGGUUGGACUGCAUUACACAGUGCUGAUCAGAAAGGGCAUAUUGACGUCAUCAAGUAUCUGAUCAGUCAAGGAGCUGAGGUAAAUAAGGGUAGAGAUGAUGGUUGGACUGCAUUACACAGUGCUGCUGACAAUGGUCAUGUUGACGUCAUCGAGUAUCUGAUCAGUCAAGGAGCCGAGGUAAAUAAGGAAGAUAAUGAUUGUUGGACUGCAUUACACAGUGCUGCUAGCAUCGGUCAUGUUGAUGUUACCAAAUAUCUGAUCAGUAAAGGAGCUGAGGUUAAUAAGGGAGAUAAUGAUGGUUGGACUGCAUUACACAGUGCUGCUAACAAUGGUCAUGUUGACGUCAUCAAGUAUCUGAUCAGUCAAGGAGCUGAGGUUAAUGAGGGAGAUAAUGAUGGUUGGACUGCAUUACAUAGUGCUGCUAACAAUGGUCAUGUUGACGUCAUCAAGUAUCUGAUCAGUCAAGGAGCCGAGGUAAAUAAGGAAGAUAGUGAUUGUUGGACUGCAUUACACAGUGCUGCUAGCAUCGGUCAUGUUGAUGUUACCAAAUAUCUGAUCAGUAAAGGAGCUGAGGUUAAUAAGGGAGAUAAUGAUGGUUGGACUGCAUUACACAGUGCUGCUAACAAUGGUCAUGUUGACGUCAUCAAGUAUCUAAUCAGUCAAGGAGCUGAGGUUAAUAAGGGAGAUAAUGACUGUUGGACUGCAUUACACAGUGUUGCUAUCAUCGGUCAUGUUGAUGUUACCAAAUAUCUGAUCAGUAAAGGAGCUGAGGUUAAUAAGGAAGAUAAUGAUGGUUCGACUGCAUUACACAGUGCUGCUAACAAUGGUCAUGUUGACGUCAUCAAGUAUCUGAUCAGUCAAGGAGCUGAGGUCAAUAAGGGAAGAGAUGAUGGUUGGACUGCAUUACACAGUGCUGCUCAGAAAGCGCAUAUUGACGUCAUCAAGUAUCUAAUCAGUCAAGGAGCUGAGGUAAAUAAGGAAGAUAAUGAUUGUUGGACUGCAUUACACAGUGCUGCUAGCAUCGGUCAUGUUGAUGUUACCAAAUAUCUGAUCAGUAAAGGAGCUGAGGUUAAUAAGGAAGAUAAUGAUGGUUGGACUGCAUUACACAGUGCUGCUGACAAUGGUCAUGUUGACGUCAUCAAGUAUCUGAUCAGUCAAGGAGCUGAGGUAAAUAAGGAAGAUAAUGAUGGUUGGACUGCAUUACACAGUGCUGCUAACAAUGGUCAUGUUGACGUCAUCAAGUAUCUGAUCAGUCAAGGAGCUGAGGUAAAUAAGGAAGAUAAUGAUUGUUGGACUGCAUUACACAGUGCUGCUGGCAUCGGUCAUGUUGAUGUUACCAAAUAUCUGAUCAGUAAAGGAGCUGAGGUUAAUAAGGAAGAUAAUGAUGGUUGGACUGCAUUACACAGUGCUGCUGAUAAUGGUCAUGUUGACGUCAUCAAGUAUCUGAUCAGUCAAGGAGCUGAGGUUAAUAAGGAAGAUAAUGAUGGUUGGACUGCAUUACACAGUGCUGCUGACAAUGGUCAUGUUGACGUCAUCGAGUAUCUGAUCAGUCAAGGAGCUGAGGUUAAUAAGGGAGAUAAUGAUGGUUUGACUGCAUUACAAAGUGCUGCUAACAAUGGUCAUGUUGACGUCAUCAAGUAUCUGAUCAGUCAAGGAGCUGAGGUUAAUAAGGGAAGAGAUGAUGGUUGGACUGCAUUACACAGUGCUGCUCAGAAAGGGCAUAUUGACGUCAUCAAGUAUCUAAUCAGUCAAGGAGCUGAGGUUAAUAAGGGAGAUAAUGACUGUUGGACUGCAUUACACAGUGUUGCUAUCAUCGGUCAUGUUGAUGUUACCAAAUAUCUGAUCAGUAAAGGAGCUGAGGUUAAUAAGGAAGAUAAUGAUGGUUCGACUGCAUUACACAGUGCUGCUAACAAUGGUCAUGUUGACGUCAUCAAGUAUCUGAUCAGUCAAGGAGCUGAGGUCAAUAAGGGAAGAGAUGAUGGUUGGACUGCAUUACACAGUGCUGCUCAGAAAGCGCAUAUUGACGUCAUCAAGUAUCUAAUCAGUCAAGGAGCUGAGGUAAAUAAGGAAGAUAAUGAUUGUUGGACUGCAUUACACAGUGCUGCUAGCAUCGGUCAUGUUGAUGUUACCAAAUAUCUGAUCAGUAAAGGAGCUGAGGUUAAUAAGGAAGAUAAUGAUGGUUGGACUGCAUUACACAGUGCUGCUGACAAUGGUCAUGUUGACGUCAUCAAGUAUCUGAUCAGUCAAGGAGCUGAGGUUAAUAAGGGAGAUAAUGAUGGUUUGACUGCAUUACACAGUGCUGCUAACAAUGGUCAUGUUGACGUCAUCAAGUAUCUGAUCAGUCAAGGAGCUGAGGUUAAUAAGGGAGCUAAUGAUGGUUUGACUGCAUUACACAUUGCUGCUAUGCAUGAUUACCUUGAUAUCACCGAGGGCCUGAUCAGUGAGGGAGCUGAGGUGGAUAAGGCACAGCGAGACAAGUCGAAUACCAAGAUAUCUAAAGAGUACUACGAUGGCGGUCUAUCUCCUGAGAAGGAAUUGGUAUUCUUUCUCUUAGAGCAUGGAGCUAGGAUUGAUAUAAAGGAUAAAGCAGGCAACCUACCGAUCGACUAUGCAAGGGAUGAGUUAGUCAGACAGAUGAUCUUGUCUAGAUCACCUUCAUUGGAUUCUACACCGUCUAGUAGAGAUGUCGAGGAAUCAAAUGGUAUUCCUGAAAUAAUUCGACUCGAGGAAUAUGGCAUUGAAGUACAAAUACCACCAAACGAAGCUUACAAUGCAAAGGAUAUUACGGUUAAAGUGAUUAACGAUGUUCCAUCCGAGUUGAAAAUCAAGGAAACAGAAGCAAUCAUUACCUUUGGCUUGAAGAUAAAGGCGCCUUCUAACGCAAUCUUUGAACAUCCUGUUAAAGUGACGAUGCCUCACUCUGCAAUAUUUACACAACCAGAGAAGGCGGAAAUCAUUUUAUACUAUCGGAAAAGUGCUUCUGAACAGUUUGUUACGAUACCUUCUACCAAACACAUCAGUCCGUGGUGUGUGGUAAGAGAAAGGGACCUCGAUGUCUACUUCGAACACUUCUGCGAAUAUUGGUUCGUGUCUGUCUACAACAUGUUCAACAGAUUGAAGGAAAUAUUCAUCGGAAAGCGUCUUGUCUGUACGCCUUAUGUUCCACUGCCACCAUUUCUGAGCGGAAUGCAAGUUCUGUUUGUCUACGUAAGAGAUGCACACAAGAAAGAGGGGGAGGUUCCGACUCGAUAUAAAGCUCCGUUUAAAGGAGAAGAAUUUCUAUUUGAGUGGGGAACUGGCCCAAUGGAAAUUACUUGUCCAGAAAGCACCAUGGGAGAUUCUCCAAAGAUUCUCGAGGAACGCAAGAUACGCUACUUGACAGACUGCCAACCGAAAUUCAAAGUGGACACAAAAGAUAUCCAAGAUGCUGAGAUGAUAGUCACUUUCGUCUUGAAACAAAGCACAACAAGUGAACUCCUGGUUCCAAUGCAGUUAAUUGAAACGCCUCUUGCAUCACCGAGAUACCACGAUUCUAGACCUGACAGUUCGCCAACUUCAGAUUUAGAUCCAUCUCAAGAGCAACACGAAAACAAUGCUACCGCUGUAGGCGCUCAAUCCCUAGAUAAUUCAUCAUCCGGCGUUACAACAAGUUCCUCUAAGGUAGAUAAGGUAAACAUGCCGGGACGGAGACUGAGUGAUGCUAUGUUGCUUGAACUUGCCAACCAAAUUAAUUCCACGGUUUAUCCAGUUAGUGAGUUUGCUGUAGAUCUGGGCUUUGAUGGUGCCACCGCAACUUCUGCAGAGCAUACGUCGAUUCAGACUAUGGAUCCGCAGAGGAGAUACAAGAUUAUUAUUGAUAAGUUUGUCUUGAAAAAUGGACGAGAUGCUCAGAAACUAAUAGAAAUAUUUACGGAAAAAAAGAAGCAGCUACUCGUAGAUAUUAUAAAAGAAAGUGAGCUAUAG